UUCAAAAAAAAAAAAAAAAAAAAAAAAAAAAAAAAAAUCCCAAACGCAACACUUUCUCCGUUGCUCGAUCCCGGUUUCAGUUUGCCAUGGGAAUCGUAGAGGAGGCUCAAAAUGUGAAGAUCAUCGGAGACGGCCAACAGACGGUGGUUCUCGGCCACGGAUUCGGCACCGAUCAAUCGGUCUGGAAACACCUGAUCCCGCAUCUGGUGGAGGAUUACAAGGUGGUUCUGUACGACAACAUGGGCGCCGGGACUACCAAUCCAGAUUAUUUCGACUUCGAGCGCUACAGAAGUCUGGAAGGGUUCGCGUACGAUCUGCUGGCGAUGUUCGAGGAGCUUCGAAUUGAUUCGUGUGUGUUCGUCGGCCACUCUGUUUCGGCGAUGAUCGGCGCCAUCGCUUCCAUCACUCGCCCGGCCCUCUUCCACAAGAUUAUAAUGCUCUCCUCCUCCCCUAGAUACUUGAACGACGAGGACUACUUCGGAGGAUUCGAGGAAGAAGAUCUAGAGCAGCUAUUCGAAGCAAUGCAAUCGAACUACAAGGCUUGGUGCUCGGGGUUCGCCCCGCUAGCCGUGGGUGGAGACAUGGACUCAGUGGCAGUUCAAGAGUUCAGCCGAACCCUGUUCAACAUGCGCCCCGACAUAGCCCUCAGUGUGGCUCAAACCAUCUUCCAAGCUGAUAUGAGGAGCAUUCUCCCCCUCGUCACCGUCCCCUGCCAUAUCAUCCAAAGCAUGAAGGACAUGGCCGUCCCCGUCGUGGUUUCCGAGUACAUCCACCGCAACCUCGGCGGGCUCUCCAUCGUCGAGGUCAUGCAGUCCGACGGCCACUUGCCCCAGCUGAGCUCCCCUGAUGUUGUGAUUCCGGUGCUUAAGUAUUAAGGACAAGGCCCACGAAUAUCUAUUGUCAUACCUAAAGGUUUAAUUAUAAGAUUGGGAGCCAAGAAAUUGCAACUAGCUUUAACCAGCUUUAACCAUUUGUAUCCAAACUAACUAGCUUUAACCAUUUGUAUUCAAACUAAGGAAUGUCUAAUCUCAUGCUCAAAGGUUUAAUUCUAAGGUUGAGAGCCAAGAA